AUGGCAGCUCCGCACACCCCGCCUCCGGACUCCGCCUCCGCCUCCGGGCCGGGACUAUCCGCAACGUUCUCAACUCCGGGUCUGCCACCGGAUUAUCGCGAUGCGCCUGGGCUUGAUCUGCAUGGAUAUGUGGCUCCCAGUAUCGAAGAGGCUUAUCAUAUCCAUGCUAUGCACAAUGGCGCUGCUAUCACGACGCCAGCAACCCCUGGCCAAUUUGGUAUACUCGCGCCGAUAGCAGUGUCGGUGCCUGUUAUGGAAACACCAGUCGAUGGAAUAUUCAGUGUGCAGAAUAAUUCUCACAGACAGGAGGUUGGAAGAUCAAAUGGCCACUUGAGCAUCCUUAACGGUCUUAGGUUCGAGACAUAUUUUCCUCAUGUAGACAACGUCUACUCCCAUCGCUCGACACAGCGUUAUAAGCGCAAGCCGUUCAUCUCACACUACUGGGACUGUCGUAUGAAAGGCCGUCCUCCAGGAACACCCAAAUCUGAUGACCCCAAUAAGAAGAAACGAAAGCGAAAUGCGCGCCAGCGCGAUCUAUGUGAUGUCAAGAUAAAAAUUACAGAGCACUUCCCGGUGGCUCGACUGGACCUUGAUAACACCAGUGGUCUUGACAGAGUCAAUGGCAAUGGAGGUAAUGGAAAGGGAGACGGUGUGGCUGGGCCACAUAAGCAUACGCUUGAAAGGAGUGACGAGAUAAAGAAGAAUAGUGUGCAGAGGUAUUUGGCAAACCAAGGGGAUGUGAAAAAGGACAAGGAGAAGGUCCAGACUCCUCUGAAAGCCACAGGAGCUGCACUACUCACAGCUAGAAAACACGCGAAGGAGAAUGAAUUCAAGCUCUACGCGGCAUGUUUCUGCCCAUUCUCUCAACGUAUUUGGAUCGCUCUGGAGGCAAAAGGCAUGCCCUACCAGUACUGCGAAACAGAUGCCUUCCGUCACACAACCCAACCCCUCCUUGCUGACCCUAAUGGCUGUGUGCCCACCAUAGCACAUAGCGACUGGUCAUGUUCGAAUAGUGCUGUCAUAUUAGAAUAUCUUGAAGAUCUCGGCCAAGGAACACCGAUGCUUCCGGUAGAUUCAAGAUUGAAAGCCAAUUGCCGUUUCUGGAUUGACCAUAUCAACCGUCAUAUCGUCCCGAACUUCUUCAAACUCCUCCAAUAUCAAGACCCGGCUCUUGGAGAUGAAGCAGGAGUUAGUUUACAGGGCAGUAUAGAUACUCUUGUCGAAGCUGCAGACAAAAAGGACUCUGAUCCCUGCGAAUAUACCGUCUUCCCCGCCUGGAUCACGCUGGGAGCGAUGGCUGGAUGCUAUCGAGGGAGAUAG